AGAAAAUAAACACGGCAUAAACAGACACGAAUGUGCUGACUUUAGGCUUUCCGAAGGAACACCUGUUUAACCGUCUACCAAAAGAUUUUAAACAAAUAUCUAGAUUCAGAAUGAGAUUUAUUGGCAAGUAUAUGUUUUCACUUACUAUAAGAACUUUGUCAGACAUAAGAUAUGUUGAAAUAAUUGUAUAGUCUAUCAUUAUUUCUUAUUUAUAAAUUAUGCAAUAUUGAUUUGAUUUAUUUUAUUAGUUUAUUUAUGUGCUCCAUAUCCAGACAGAACUCUACGCAACUUUUUUAGUAAAUUAAUAAAAUAAAGAGGGUACAGCUAUAAAUGCAGAUUUUUCUUCGAAGCAGUCAGUUGCUGUUGCCAUGGACAACAGUCAUAAUUCAUCAAUAUUUGAUAUUUGACUAUAAUAAUGUUUUUUUGAGAGCUCUGUAGUAAUUGAGCAACAAGGCACUAGAGGAUGUGCGGUCAGUCAUGCCUAAAAGCCGUUGAUAGCCAUGACUAUAUUUAUAGCACAACCUUGAGAGAGUUGCCUUUUUUUUUGGUAAAUGGUUAGCACAUAAUAAAAAUAGGAUUUAUUUAUUUUAAAUAUUAUUAGUAAAACUUUUUUUAAGCAAAUUCAUUAAAUGUCUUUCUUAAAGUUGAAUAUACAGUCCCUGAUAUAACAACAAAAAUAAGAUUUUCUAUAGAGUCUGAACAUGUCAAAGUUGUUACUAUAUUACUGAAUGAACAUGUCUGGAAUGCUGUAUUAACCAAUCAGUUGCUAAGACCGCUGGAAGUGCCCGUUUCAUUUAAAGGUCUCUGUGUUUUCCAUUGCCUUCUAUACAGGCCUGUCAUCCUGCAAUAUGAUCCACACUUUAUAUUCACACAUUAAAUUUAGCUAAUCAGUUUUAUGCACAUUACUGAUUAAUAUCACAUCAUAUCUUUGUCUAACCUUCAGUACCCUCAGCAGUAAUUUCAAUUUCAAUUUCAAUUUGAUUAUUACAGACAUGUUCCAGAGGCAGCAGGCGUUGGCUGCUGCAAUAAACUUGAUUAUGCCUCUUCAGUGAUGUGGUUAGUCUGCCAUCUGGUGGGUAGGUGAAGGAUUGCACUGCAAGAGCUGAUUAACUGAAUUUCAUCAUUGUCCUCUAGAAGCUUUACUGUCUCUCUCAAUAUUUCCUUUUCUUAUUCAGUUCCUGAACAUCACCCAUCAUAGUGCAACGUCUCGCAAGUUCUGACUCAUUAAGCUGUCAGCACAUAGUGAAAUUAUAUACAUUUUCAUGUCAAAUAUCUCCAACAUUGUGUAUUUAUUAUGAUUUUAUGUGUAGUUUAUUUAUUAUCAUUAUAUAUUAUUUAUUGUACACAUUCCGUUACUUUUUAUAAAGCACCAGCGACGCAAAUCCUACAUCAAAUGUUUGUAUUGUGAUUUUGGACUGUUUACGGUCAGAAAUCUAGACUGUAUUCAACAUUUAUGACUAGUGUCAAAUGGACUGUUUGGACCAAAAUAAGGGCGAAUAAAUUAUAACAAGUUAUUAUAACAAGAAUUAUUUUCAUUUUGAAUGAACUACUUCUUUGUCUUCUAAAGGUGUGUUUUUUGUUACAUAGACAUUGUAUUUCGCAUUUACUCCUUUGACAUGUGUUGUGUUGUGAAAUGACAUUAUACCGGUACUUGUUUUGCAAACUAAAAAUACUGAAUUUAAUUUGAUUUUUAAUAACACUAUGAAAAAAAUAUAUUUUAGACAAAGCACAGAAAAAUACCACGAUCCAUAUACACCACAAUUUUACAUAAAAAUAAUUAAAAUUAAUCACCGUCAGUGUAGCCUGUUUUCUGAUUGGUUGCAUCCGGGUGGGGUCAGGACAUUUUGCUUUCUAAUUGGUCGUCAUGUUUGUUAUGGGAACGUGUUCUAAUGUCUGAUUGGAUGAAUGCUGCGGAAAGGCGAGCGCAAUUGGUGGAGAGAAGAAACGCGGAACAGGGCUGAAAGAGGCGUGGAGUUCAGGAUGCGGAAUUAACGCAUCCGCUGCGCCCGAACCGGAUCGAAUAUGGCGAGCACCAAAAGCAAAAGCGGGUCUUCGGAAAACUUUCACACACCCGAGCCAAGUGGAUCGGACCAGCCGGGCGCGAGAUGGGGUCCACAGCACGCAGGUGCUCAAGAGCUCGCGGAGUUAUACUCGCCAGGAAAAAGAUGUCAGGAAUGGAUCAGUGUGCUUCUUUGCUUUACCCUCAUGGCCUUCAACUUCUGUUACCUGGUAACAUACUUCCAUCUAGGACACGCCUGGCACAUCCUCCUGGGCAUAGUGGCAGGGAUCCUGACAGCAGACUUUGCCUCUGGUUUGGUUCACUGGGGUGCUGACACAUGGGGUUCAGUGGAUCUGCCCAUCGUUGGGAAGGCUUUCAUUCGUCCAUUUCGAGAGCACCACAUCGAUCCAACAGCUAUAACGCGCCAUGAUUUCAUUGAGACAAAUGGUGAUAACUGUAUGUUGACUAUCUUCCCUCUGGCUAACAUGGCUGCAAACUUUUUGAUGCUCUCACCAGCGGAGAUCUAUCGGAACUACCCCUUGUACUGCUACGUCUUUGCUUUAGCCAUUUUUGUUACAUUGACCAAUCAGAUUCACAAGUGGUCGCACACAUAUUUUGGGCUCCCACGCUGGGUGACGCUUCUUCAGGAUUGUCACAUCAUUUUACCACGGAAACACCACAGAGUUCACCAUGUUUCACCUCAUGAAACCUACUUCUGCAUUACCACAGGCUGGUUGAACUAUCCUCUAGAAAAACUGGGAUUCUGGAGAAACCUGGAAGACCUGAUCCAGAGCCUGACAGGAGAGAAACCCAGAUCAGAUGACCUCAGGUGGGCCCAGAAAACCAAGUAAUCUUCCUCUGCCACCAACCCACCUCCCCUACCUCAGACCUGCUUAUAGGAGAACAAUCUGUCUCCGUCUAAUUGUCCUCCCUCAGACAGAUCAAGAGGAACGGCAAGAUAUCAAAGCCCAAAUUAGAAAGCCAUCAAUUCUUAGCAAAAGUUAAGUGAAAGGGGGUUGACAGAGUGAUUGAAAGCAAUAUCCCACCCAGCUCACUCUAAAGAUCCAAACAUCUAAAUCCUUGUUGAAAACCUUGAGACAUUUGUGAAAUGCAGAAAACUCUUCAAAGUGCAAAAAACAAGCAAAUUUAAAAUGCCAAUACUUGAACAAAGUGGGCUCUUUUCUGGACACCUUCUCAUCCUUCAACUGCUCAAAGCUUUGCUGACUAUAGCUUGUUUCUAAGGGACUGGCCUCUGCUCUUGGGUUUGGCCUUUGGGACUGAUAUCUCUUGCUCUCACCCUUCUCUUGUUUGGGGUUAAAGUGCAGUAAACUCAAGACAUUUUGGCUCUUUGACCACAGAGGGCUGAAAACACGUGUCUUCAUCUGUUGCUUGUGUCUGAACGGACAGAGCAGCAUCAUAUGCAGUCUUACUUCAGUACGCCUUAAAAGACGAAUCACAAGAAACUUGCUUUGCUUGGUCUCAUCCUUACGCUUCAUUCAUCUUUUCAUUAUUAAUGCUUUCUUUUGAAGCACAUUUGCAAAUUCAGAGGUGCUGGAAGCAGUCAGCUGUUGACCAAGUAUAUUAGAAGUAUCUCCACCUAGGUCAAUAUUUAGGUCUUUAGUGUUUCGGUGUGAAUAAGCCAUGAGAUCUACAUUGGUGUCCUCGCUGCUCAACACUAAGAUAACCCAUCAGAAAAGGCCUCAUCCAUUUUUAUUUUGUAUUAACUUCAUCGUAGGGUAGGUUGAUGCGAGCUCGACCAGCUGACUGACACAAACUAACACUUUCACUCCGCUGCUUGAGUUUUGGAUUUGCAUACAUUGUUACUUUACAGUUUACUGUUCAAUUUAAUGCUAGCAUGUUAAAUCACACAGCUCGUAGCUCUUAUUUAAUAGUAAUAUGAGAUGUUAAAGGCAGUUACAGCAUGAUGAAAAUGACAAAAUCAUCAGAACUACUAACUGCUUAUUUAAUGAGCGUUAUACACAUUUUCUUUUAUAAAGCUGCAAUGACAAUGGAUUAGAAAAAGAUUUAUUUACUUGACUUUAUAUUUACACACAGCACUAGUCAUAUUUUUUAAUUAAUAGAAAUGUUAAGAAAUCUUUCAUUAAUAAAAAAAAAAUCUUUGCUUUUGCUUUAAGAAGUGUUGCUAUUUAAGCAAUGUAGUUUAGGCAGUGUUUAUCGUGCGUGGUUACCAUUGUAACAGUCGUCUUAUAAGAGUGAGGAAAUGGAAGAAGAAAUGAAAAUUAAUAUUUUAUAUCAAAUGUAACAUAAUUGUGAUCAUUUUUGUUGUGCCAUUUUUUUUACUUUAAUUUUUCUGAAUCAGUUUAAUUAUUUUUCUAACAAUAACUGUUACACCCUGUUUGCAAAGAUGAUUAUCAGGCCUUCAAAACUGUAAAGGUCAACCUAAUCAAGAUACAGCUUUUAAGUUUUAUGCUUGUGUUAUUCAUGCCAAAACCUUGUUACUGUCAGAAGCAAUGCGGCAGUUGUUGUGUUUCAGUGGGUCAGUAUGGUGAUAGUACGUUUAGAUAGGUCAGCUCCACAGAAGGUCAGAGAAUGUGUUUUAGAGAGCGAAUUCAUUUGUCCCGAGUUGUAAAACUGUUACAAAGGAGUCAGCCAGAAUUGUAAAAAAGGAUAUAUGAGCUGAUUCAUAAUGUUAUGUGUUGUGUUACAUCUUAUUUUCCUCCUUUUCUGAAUUCAGGAAGAUUUGUUUAGUGGGAAAUUGUAGUAUUUUUGACAGUCGAUUAAUAUCUUAUAUAUUUCUAUGCUUAUACAAGAUGCCAAACUUAUUUUUGCUCAGCUAAUAGAUCUGUUGUGGUGUGUUUGGUCGGUGUUUAUUUGAAGAGGACACUCCAGUGGCGAUUUUCACUGAGCUUAAACCAAUUACUUUUAGUAAAAUGUUACAUUUGUCAUUGGACUCCACUUAAUUUUGUAUUGUAAGUUUUUAUUAUGACAUUUUCUCCUACAUUCUACAUUGCACAGUGUGGACGAUCAUAUCAUUUUACAUAGCUUUUUUUUUUUUUUUUUUGGAAUAUACUGAUCGUGAAGGACUCCACCAGCUGUAACAUUUCUAAACUUAUUUCCUAUUGAUUUAAAACGGUGGAAGAGGUGAGGCGGAGCAGCCUGUGAUCGUGAUGUGGUAAUGCAGUGAAGAUUGUGCUUUUGUCUGGUUAAGCUUGUUCUGCAGGGCUAAUUAUUAUAUAAACCCACAGAAAGGUAGGAUUUUGCUUAAGAAAUGUUACUAAUUUGGUGUGCAGUGUAUUGUAGCAACUGAGUGAUUGUAUUAUCAAACAUGCAAGAUUAGAGUGUUAAAAACCAUGCCUCUGAGGCUCCUUGCUUUCUACGCACAGUGCAGUAGUAUGUGGCUGUGAGGAGAUUGAACUAAUCACAUUGUACUUGCUCAAAAAUAUUGUAUUUUCUCUUAGAUAAUAAAAGCAAAGCCAAUUCCUUAUUCACAGGGGUCAUUUGAUCCAUGACCUUUGGCAUUCACACUUGUUACUGAAUGUUUGUUCUUACUGAUUUAUUGGAGGAAGCCUUUAAAACGCUAUCUCGGCUGAUUUUGCAAUUCACCUCAAAGUCUCACAUUCAGUACGUUUUUGUAGGACGGCUACUUGUUGAAAACUGAAAAUAAUGCCUUAAUGCCUUUUUUUUGUUUCCUGUUUUGAAAACUUUUGUGUCAUUAAGUUCAUAUUUAUAAUGAAAUUAAUAAAGAACUGGAAAGAUA